UUUUUCAAUCCUGCAAACCGGUACUUCCAAUGCUUGCAUGCCCCGGUUGGAAUAAGAAGCUUUUAUUUACAAUACUUCUACGGUACCGGUACCUGUGCCAAAGGAUCCCAUCAUGGAAGCGGCCGCCUCUUCCAUAGCAAAGGCCUGCGGUUUCGCUGAUAGUCCCCGUCCUCUUGGCGUAAGCGUCCAUCACCUCGACACUGUGUUCUUCCAGCGGGUUAUCGACGCUGGGCUGACGGAAGGAUCCAGUUUCUAUGACAUUGAUCGUAACGUGGUGCGGCCAACAGGAAAAGAUGUUGAAAGCCCUGAGGAUGGAAAGCUUGGAGCCUCUUAUGUGAACUGCUUGAAAGGUGUCGAUCACGUGGGCCCCUCGACAUACAUGCUUAGCUGGGCCUGGAAGUAUUCAGUUGCUGAUGUUGUGGAUACCUUGGUAGCUUAUUGCAACAAGAAUAACCUUGAUCGCAAGAGGACCUACAUUUGGAUCUGCUGUCUCUGUAUCAACCAGCACCGCGUGGUCUCUUCUGGUGGAUCCGGUAUCUUCAAGCUGACAGCUGUCAAUUUUGAAGCUGAAUUCCGGACGAGGGUGCUGAAGAUUGGCCAUGUUCUGGUCAUGAUGACGCCUUGGGAAAACCCAUACUAUUUGCAACGGUUGUGGUGCAUCUUUGAGCUCCUCACGGCCAUCAUCAAUUCCGUCCCCGUCACAAUCGUCAUGCCCCCAAAGGAAGCAGGCAAAAUGAUCACCGAAAUCGUGGGAGAAGAUGGCCAGGGCGCAGAGAGAUUCUUUGCGGCUCUGCAACACAUCAACAUCGAAGCAGCCGGUGCGUCCUGCAAGAGAGACAAGAUCAGGAUCUUGAAACUCGUUCAAUCCGAACUAGGGUUCUAUGGAACGAACGUGCGGAUAAGCCGCCAUCUUCGAGAAUGGAUCAAAGAAACGAUAAAGCGCACAGAAGUCAAAAUCCUCGACGAUGAUAAGACUACAGAAGGGAAUUCCUCGGUGUCUUUGUUGCGCAGAGCCACACUACUUUAUCGAUUAGGCGACUAUGAGGGUGCUCUUGAUGAUCUGAAAGCCUCACUGGAGGCAAGAGAGUCGCAAGCUGGGAGAAGAAACUUGGAGAUCGCAGUGAUCUAUGAGCUCAUGGGAUCUGUCAACGCCGCAAAAUGCAGAAACGACCCAACCCCUGAUAACAACAACCGCUCCCUAGAGUUGCAAGUGAAGGCAUUGAAGAUCAGAGAGCAGAUCCUUGGUCCCAGCCAUCCCCUGGUUGCCAAGUCCCUCAAUUCCCUCGGAUACCUGCAUAUGAUCAUGGGAAGAUACGGGAUGGCAUUGGCGUGUUAUCAAAGGUGCCUUUCCAUUCGGAUAGAUUGUUUGGGGAGGCUUGACCCUGAUACGGCUGCGGCAUACUUAUCCAAAGGACAUGCCUUGAAAGAACAAGGGAAAUACUCCGAAGCAAUUCAUAUGUGCAGGGAGGCGGUUUUGAUUCUGGAAGAGCUGCGUGGAAGCAAUCACAAGGAAACUGCAGCAGGCUUUAAUUCUCUUGGACUGGUGUUGGCCUUCGCGGGGUAUCGAACACGAUCGCUCGCCAUGCUAAGCAAGGGUCUCACCAUUCGACGAGCGGUCCUCGGAAACGUACACCUUACCACAGCAGAGUCCCAUGGCGCGUUAGCUCAAACAUUCCUAAUGUUCAAUGAACUUGGAAGAGCCUUGGAGCACCGGGAACGAUCCCGAGCUAUUCAAGAGAAGCUGCUAGGACGCGAUCACCCCGAAGUUGCUUCAACAUACGAGGGAAUUGCAAAAGUGCUGAUGAAAGCCGGAUGUUAUGCAAAAGCAGCCAAGAUGUAUCGAGGUGCCCACGGAAUCUACUUUUCUAGUCUUGGUGAAUAUCAUGUCCAGACUCUGAAGAUGAAAGAAAUGACAUCAGAAGCACUCAGUCAGGACCGCGAUAUCACCAAGAAGUGGUUCUGGUGCAACAUCCACAAGUAUAUUUGGUUCGUCCCCUACUGCCUCUUGGUCUACCCCUGCUGCCUCUUGGUGCGAGGCAUUUUAAGGCGAUUGGAUGCAGUCUACCGGUACCUUAACAUGAAGGAUUUUUUCGUCAGUUUGUUGCGAGGCCAUUCAGGAGAGCUCGACCACGAGAUCAGCUUGAGGACAUUCGAGCUUGGACGGCUUUUUUUGAGAGUUUCAUUUUGUGCUUUUGCUUUCGGGGUCUUUGCAAGUGGAGUAAUAGGGCUCGUUCGCCUCACGCAAGACGACAGCCCUCGCCGUACGGAGACCAUGUUGCUGCCUCCCAUGGUAUGGGCUUUGUACCAUCUCGGCGAGGGCAUUGUGUUUUCCUGUAUCUGGCAACAGAGAAGACGGCAACAAAAGGCCAUCGCUCUGCAAAGCAUGACCCUCGUAGAUUUGGAGAACAUCGAGGAAGUGGCGGCGAUGCCCACCUACUCUGAAGUCAGAUCGCGGUGGCGUCUGCCUCUGUGGAUUGCAUCCACCGGUGCUGUGAUAGCUCUCUCUGCGUGCAUCGAUUCAGCCACGGUCACGUCCUCGGAAUUCCUAGCAGAAUGCUAUUUGAUGCUGUUGCUCCUCGCCCUGUACAGGUUCGGUCGUUACCUGUGGAAACGCUGGGGUAAAUUCUGCGGGCACAGUGUAUCAAACAAAGAUUCUUUUAAAGUUGGACUGUCGGAGCGUGGGUCAACAAUCCCUCUUUGCGAAUUGAAAGAACACUGGCACAGCGUGGUCUUAAAACAAGAGAACAGUCAAGCCGAGUGUGACGGAGAAGUUGCUUCUUCUGUGUAA